AUGGCACGCCCUACAGUCUCCUGCGAACCAGAACAACAGAACAAGCUUGAGGCUGACUCUGAAUCUAACCCUCAAGAUUCAUAUUCUGAGUUGGGAAACCAAAGCCUGACAGGCUGGAAGUUGGCGUUGGUCAUGAUUGGCCUCUGUCUAGCCGUCUUUUGCAUGGCACUCGAUAAUACUAUUAUUGCUACGGCAAUCCCACGAAUUACGGAUGAGUUUCGUGCUUUGGACGAUCUGGGCUGGUACGGCUCAGCCUAUCUUCUCACCACCUGUAGCUUCCAGCUCUUCUUUGGCAAGCUCUAUUCCUUCUACUCGGUCAAAUGGGUCUUCCUCAUCGCCAUAGGCUUCUUUGAGCUUGGCUCCCUCGUAUGCGGCGCGGCCCUAACAUCCACCGCACUGAUCAUCGGUCGUGCCAUCGCCGGUAUUGGAUCGGCCGGCAUCUUUUCCGGAGCCGUCCUGAUCAUAGUCCUCAGCGUCCCGAUGCGACAGAGACCGACCUACAUCGGCAUACUGGCGGCCAUGUACGGCGUUGCAAGUGUCGCAGGACCGUUUAUGGGUGGCGCUUUCACGGAUAAGCUUACGUGGCGGUGGUGUUUUUACAUCAACCUUCCUCUAGGUUUUCUUACUCUCUUAUUUAUUGCCUUACUCUUUAGCCCUCCUCAAAGUGGCUUACCUAAGAACAGCUCCUCCUGGAGGGAGCGACUUUCCAGCUUCGACCUUGAGGGCUCAGUUUGUUUCUUGCCUGCCAUUGUUUCCCUUCUUCUUGCUUUGCAAUGUGGCGGCUCGAGGUAUCCUUGGUCUGAUGGCCGUACUAUCGGUCUCUUCAUUGUUUUUGGCGUCCUCAUCUCGCUGUUCGCCGUCAUUCAGUGCUGCGCCAUGUUCGCCGUUUGUUUCGGUGGUUCAUUCUUUCUCCUCGUUUACUAUAUUCCCAUUUGGUUCCAGGCUAUUAAGGGUGCUAGCGCUGUACGGUCUGGAAUCAUGAAUCUACCCAUGAUUCUUGGGUUGGUUAUCGUAUCAGUCCUGGCUGGGGGGGCAGUCAGCGCUCUUGGCUACUACACACCUCUAAUCAUCGCAUCUGCAGUUUUGAUGAGCAUCGGUGCUGGUCUGUUGACCACAUUUCGCCUGGACACUACGUCGCCUGCAUGGAUAGGAUAUCAGGCCUUGUACGGCAUUGGAGCUGGCUUGGGCAUGCAGCUGCCUCUUGUCGCAGUGCAGACUGCUUUGGCUGAGCAUGAUAUCCCUAUCGGUACGGCCACCAUGAUGUUCUCCCAGACUCUUGGAGGCAGCGUCUUCGUGCAAGUUGCCCAGAACGUAUCUACCAACCAGCUGACCGCUGAACUGCGUGGUGUUGGAGUUGACCCCAAAAUUGUUUUGGCGGUCGGAGCGACCGAGUUACGAGACCGUGUGCCAACAAAGGUCCUUGGUACCGUCUUGGCUGCCUACAGCAAAGCUUUGACCGAUACCUGGUACGUCUCAGUUGCAAUGGCUGUUCUGGACUUGAUCCCUGCUUUCUUCAUUCCGUGGAAAUCGGUCAAAAGUAAGAAUGUCGAAACGCUAUCUACAUAG